CGCAAAUAUAAACACAUCUCGGAUACCCAUCCAACUCUCUCCUGCCUUUUCUCCCCAACAACUCGAUCUUUUAUCCUACCAUACUACACCACUAUCUGUAACCCAUCAGUGCGCCCAACACGAGCACUGAAUAGCCAAGUCCCCCCGCCGCUAUUACAUCAACAGCUUCUAACCACCACAACACAAUCACAACCAUCACGAUGGAGCCCCAACAACAACAACAGCAACAAGUGCCCAGCGAGCAGUCGCUCCAGCAGUCCCCCGAUCUCCGCCCUGCUUCCCUCUCUCGAUCCUCCACCGGCCGCUCCUCGAGGAAAGGCUCGUCUCUCAGCCUCGAUCUCUCCAACCUGCCUCCUCUCAGCCAGCCCACGCCGCCUUCCAACACGCUCAUCUUUACAAACAUCAACUCGCUCGACGUCUUCUCCGCCGACAACCUCCAGACCAUCCGCGACCUCAUCAGCCAAACGGCACCCAUCUUCGCCUGGUCGCCGCUCAAGUCUUUCCGCCGCAUCAUCGUCACCUUCUUUGACGAGCAAGCCGCUAUUGCCGUCCGCUCCGUCUGGGACGGUGAGGCCAUCCUCGGCGAGCGCUGCCGCGUCUACUUUGGCCAGCCCACCCCCAUCGACGUAUCCGCCGCCGAUAAGCAUUUGGCCCUGCCCGAUGCCGGCAAGCUCUUCUUCAUCAGCCCGCCCCCGAGCCCUCCCCACGACUGGGAGCAGCGCAUGGAGGAUGCUCCCAACACCAUGGUGCACGCUGAGGAUCUCGCCGAGGCCCUUGCCAAGCUGAGGCACCACAACAACCCCAACGGCAUUGAUGCCGAUGUCAAGGUUCCCGUUUCCCCGGCUUCCGAUGGCGGCAGCAGCAGGCCCGGUGCCGGUGGCGACUUCAAGGAGGGUGCGAGGAAGAACAGGAGUCGCAGCUCGACGCUCAUCUUCCAGCCUGAGAAGAAGGCUCAGACUAGCAAUGGCAAGGCUAACGGCCCGGCAGUCGACUUGCCUUGUGUCACCGUCGACGAUAUGACGGAUGAGGCGGAUGUCGAUGGCGAUAUCGACAUGAGCCCCGUGUCGGACUCGCCCAGGACGAGACCUAUCUUUGCGCAUACCGCGAGGCCGCCCGUCGAGUUGAUGCACGAUGCUUGAGCGAGCGAAUCAGCGACUUCUUUCUUUUCUUUUCAAACUCUCUUUGAACGACUCUAAUCAUAUCUUAUCAACUUUUUGUCACGCAAGGAAAGGAUCAGUCACAUAAUCGGAUGUCAAGGUUGGCGGGCGUGGGCGUUUAGGUGUUAGUAUCACCGGAUAUACUGGACGAGCAACAUAUUCUUCACCAUUACCAGCAUUCGCACAAAGUGGAUGGGGUCAGAGGAAAGCAAGUCACGGGCAUCAUCAAAGCAUGUUUGCAUAUUUGUAAAGGGUAAACAAAAAUUGGGUUUGCAAGAUUUCAUCCGGUCUCUAGUCUGGAGCAUAGGUCUCAUGGACCGAGAGCAUUUGAUAGUAGACAAAUACAGUCAAACUAGUGCAUAUCAACUCUAGCAUGUAAAUAUCUAUGCUGUUCUAUAGUGACAUGACAGGUGUGAUUGGCGGACAAUCGACUGUGGCUCUAGCU